AUGACGCUCGAAGCUCCGCAGCACACCGAAGCAGGCCACGAGCUCGUCCGUUCACUGUCCAGGCUGUCGACGGCCGACCUGGUUCGCUUCACUCUGCAAAAGCCCGAGGUCACCCGAGUCUUCGCCUCCUCCCUCAACUCACUCGCAAGGCAAGCGGCAUCGAGCCCGCUGCCCACAGUCUCGGACGUCAACCUCACACGAAACCACGUCGAGAUCCUUGCUCGACUCAUUAAGAGAGGAGAUCCGUCGCUCGCUAGGAAGUUUGUUCCUACACAAGGAUCCCUGAUCGACCUCGCUGCUACAACACCUCCAGAGGAGAGGGGCACAGCUAUUGCUGUCCUCGAACGUCUCCUCGAUGCCACAAGCGUGAAAGAGAUUCUCGACGGCCUCUCUACAUUGAUCAAAGGCACCCUCACCAACGCAGACCAACAGGAUGUCAACGAUGUUUCGGCCAACAUCCGCACCCUUGCACGACUCUCAUCUGCCUUCCUCUCCGCCUGUCCGUCACGACUGCUCAAGAACCAGACCGAUCUCUUGGGAGAUUGGGCUCAGACAUGCUUCCAGCUUUACGACAAGAUGCUGCCGCAAGUAGCCAAGACCCUCGCAGGCGAUGCUGCUGGCAACACAAUCGAGCCAGAUCUGUCUCAGUUGGAUGACAAUAGCUGGCAAUUGCAUUGGCUGACCUGCCGUGUGGACCUGCUUCAACUACUCUCAAUUCUGCUCGAACAGCUCAAAGGCUCUACUGCUUUCGUCGCUGCAUUACGAAAUUCCCUGGCCAAUACAGAAAAAUUACUCAGAAAGGGAGGCUUCUCUGUCCUGCUCAACUCUACAGCAUUGCUUGAUCUUGCGGCGACUUCUGACUUGUGGCCAUCGCUGCGCUCCGAGCUGCUGUCAAACGGUGUCUCAGCGAAAGGAAAAGGCAAGGCUGACGAGACGGUCUCAUCAAUCGACACCCUUGCCACCAUAGUACCCAAGUUCACUGGCGCUGCCUGGGAUGCUUUGCAGCGCUUCGUCGCUUCUCAGACUCCAGCACAGACCGCCAAGCCCCGGCAACAAGCAUCCACAAGCGUAUCGACGGUAUCGGAGGAAGUGCUGGCAUCGGUCAAUUCCAUUCUUCCGCACUAUGGCGUUGACCGUCUGCGCAUCAUCCUAACGCGACCUUCAUUUGAAGGACAGAAUGCGGAGAUGGUCAUUCAGAGGCUUCUGGAAGGCGAUGAGGGCGAAACUGAUUCAGCGUUUCCAGUAUCUUCAGAAGCAUCUUCUUUCUUCAGUUCGGAUCGAGUCUCUGGAAGCGAUGCGCGACCACAGCCUCCUGCAGCAGCCCCAUCCCUGGUCAAGUCCCGAGCAAACGUCUUUGGCGGGUUCGGCUUUGACCCAUCCUCCAUUGUGCAGCCUAAGCUCGCGAGAAGUGGUAAGGUCGACGAGCUUGCACCCGAGCUCAAGGCUGCCAUUCUCGCCCGCGCUGAAGCACCUGACGAUGACGAGGCUGAGGAAGAAUGGAAUCCGUUUGCCGAGGCACAACGUACCGUCGGUGUCGAAGAUGAGCUGGAUCUGGACUACGAUGGCCGUGAACGAGGAUCUGCGCCUCGCCGUGCGGGUGCUUAUGAUGACGAUGAUGAUGACGAGCACCAAGGCGGUGAUGGAGGAGAAGAUGCAGCAGCUCGUGCACGCGAGCGAAUGUUGUUAAAGCACUAUAUUCAAUUUGGGUCAGGUUCUUUCUCUACAGAUGCUUCUACAAGGCGAAGCGAGCAAAGGAAGCAACUGAAAGAUCAGACGGGCUGGAGCGACGAUCUGAUCGAGACCUGGGCUGUCAUGCUGGAUCGCAAUCCAAAGAAGGAUCGUUUGCUGGCAGCUGCAUCGCAGUCCGAGAUUGACGAGCAGUUGACCUCGCGUGAUCACUCCCGCAAUACAAGUGACGCGCAUGACGAUGCUCAGAACAGUACGGCGAGAAGAUUCGGUCCAGACCGUGGACGAGGUGGUCGGAUUCUCGGUGGUGGGAGAGGCGGUCGAAGAGGUGGUGGCUCGCAUCGAGGCGGAGGAGGCGGUGAUGGUCACCAGACCAAGAACGCAACUCGAGGUCGAGGCACAGGCAAUAGCGGUACAGACAGGUCAGCCAAACAGAAGGAGAAGGCAGGCAACAAGGCUCGACAGAGGGGCCACGACAAGAAGAUGUCUCGUGUGAACCCGUGA